AUGAUUAAUUUUGGGGGUAUGAUAAUGCCACAACAUUUAUACAGAGAGACAAAUAAUGGAUGUUCGAUGCCAUGUUCAAAUGCCAUCUCGUCAGAAUUCACAAAUUUUAAUUCGCCCACAUCGACAGAAAAUUCUAGAAGAUUUUCCGUGACUAGUUUAUUAGAAAUAAGUAAUUUAAAUAAUGGAAAACCUGAAGAUGCCGAACCAAGCGAAAAAGACGAUUACGUAGAUGGGGAAAAUGGAAAAAUGAAAAAACCGAGAAGAAAUAGAACGACAUUUACAACAAUUCAAUUAAGUGCAUUGGAAAGAGUUUUUGAAAAAACUCAUUAUCCAGAUGCUUUUGUUAGAGAAGAAUUAGCAAAAAGAGUUGGAUUGAGUGAAGCACGAGUUCAGGUAUGGUUUCAAAAUCGUAGAGCCAAAUUUCGAAGAAACGAACGAAGUUUAAUAUCUCAUAGCAAACACAUAUCGACUCCAUAUAAACCCAAUCAAGAAAUUCAAAGUAUGUUAGAACAACAACAACAACAAUCAUUAACUUCUAGAACUAACAUUUUGUUUAAUUCAGAAACACACGGUGUGGAAUAUUUUAGUUCCUCAUGGAAGCCCUCCAGUGGUAUAGGACCUCCACCACAACAUCCAGUUUUUGCCACUCAAAAUAAUUCUUGCAAUGUACUUUCUAAAAGUAUAUCCUUGCCUUAUGGUGCGUCAUCAUCGUUGCCAAUAACAUCUUCUAAUUUUAAUUUUCCUUCAAGUUUAUCAAAUUUGAGAUUUAAGACUCAUGAGUACUCAUUUAAUGUUGCUACUUGUAAUAUUUAA